AAGAGGAAGUUCAACAAAUGUCAUCAAUCCUCAAACAGAUGAAUAACCUCAAGGAUCGAGUCAGCCAUAUAGCACUCAUCUCCGUCUUCUUGUUCCUCGGUUUACUCUAUGUCUUCGUUGGCAUGCCGACCAGUACCUUAAAGCCACUCCUUUCCGUACAAUGUAACCAGUGCCGACAACCCUCUAAGAAAGGCGACAUGAUCACCGGCCAUAGAGAUGCACUGGAGGCAGCUUUGUCUGAGGCUUCCAUGGGGAACAGGACUGUGAUAAUCACUAUUGUCAACAAGGCUUACGUGGAGGGAGAUAAACCGAUGCUUGAUAUGUUUCUGGACAGUUUUUGGCUUGGGAAAGAUACCCGGGAACUGGUAGACCACCUUUUACUCGUUGCCGUCGAUCAGACAUCGUUCGAACGCUGCAAGUUUCUCCGGCUUCAUUGCUACCGGCUUGAGAUGGACGGCGGCCUGGAUUCCAACAGCGAGAAGCUGUACAUGUCCGAUGGUUUUAUCAAGAUGAUGUGGAGGAGAACCCUCUUUCUAGGAGACGUACUGAAGCGAGGUUACAGUUUCAUAUUCACGGACACUGAUGUGAUGUGGCUAAGGAAUCCAUUUCCAAGGCUGAGCCAAAACGAAAGCAUUGAUCUUCAAAUCAGCACCGAUUCUUUCAACGGUGAUGGACGGUCGGAAGGCAACCCCAUCAACACCGGAUUCUACCUGAUCAGAUCCAACAACAAGACCAUCUCAUUAUUUGACGCAUGGUACGCCCGGAAAGAUAGCUCUAGGGGAUUAAAAGAGCAAGAUGUUUUAAAAAAGAUGAUGCGUCAAGGUGUGUUUAGAGAGAUAGGCCUCACAGUAAGAUUCCUGGACACCAACUAUUUCAGUGGCUUCUGUCAAGAUAGCAAAGACUUUAAAGCUGUCACAACCGUCCAUGCCAAUUGCUGUCGUACUAUUAGUGCCAAGCUGGUGGAUCUGACUGCUCUCAUUCAUGUUUGGAAGAUGCUCAAGAGCACGUCGUCUACCAAUGGUAGUUUGACAUCUGGAUGGUCAAACCACAUGGCAUGUGACAAGUCAUGGAUUUAGAGGUUCGAAUGGGCACUUGUGACAGAUAUAUGAAUAUAUAUGGUUAAUUUAAUUAAUAAUUUGUAAUGCUAGGCAUGAGUAUAUAUAUAUAAAAGAUUCGCUAA